UUUUGCUUUUAUAAAAACUAAAACGCUUUUCUGUUCCAAAACGUUUAACUUCUCUCUUUCUUCUGUAAAAACCUAAUAUACACACACACUCUUCGCUAAAGGAAAACCCAAAAUAACCCACAUGGAUUCUCAGGACCACAACAACAACUCACAGCACUCUCCAGGAGGUAAGAGCAAUGGGGCUCAUGUUUGCACUAAAUGUGGUUGGAAUUACCCAAAUCCACAUCCUAGUGCUAAAAACCGGCGUGCCCACAAGAAAAUAUGUGGAACCAUCAAAGGAUUUGAGAUCCUUGAUUCCGAAAAGUCCAAACAGAAUCUUGAUUUGCAGGAAGAACAUUUCUUGGAUGAUGAGCAAAAAAACCCAAGUCCAAAAUCUGUGGAGAAAGAUGAAGUUGUGGCGAAAGCUGAUGAAAGAAUUGGGGAUAUAGUUGAAGAGGAUGUGUUUGCAGAUGCUGUUUGUGAAUUUUCUAGCAGCGUUGUAUCUGAUUCUUUCAAGGAAAAGGAAGAGACUGCAACAAAUCGUGCUGCAGAGAGUACUAAGAAUCCUGGUGACACUCAGGAGUACAAAGGUUCGUCAACGGCUUGCGUGAUGAAAAAUUCUGAAGUGGUUCAAGAGAGCUGUGAAGUUCCACCCAUGGAGGUCCUUGAGAGCCAUGACGUCCCAUGUUCAGUUGAAGCUGCUUCUGGUAAUCAUAAAGGUGGAACACCUUCUACUGAAGAACGCUCUAUGGCAUUUGAAACUCUGAAUGAGUCGUCACAGGAAGCUCAGGUUAUUGACAGUGGUGAUAUCAUAUCAAAUGUUGAAUCAGUGACAGAGUGCAAAGGAAAACUACCGGAUGAAUCUGAAUCAAAGUUAGCAUUUUCAUUAGGAAAGAGAGAAGAUACUUCGAAUUCAUCAUGGAAUGAUGAAGUGAUUUACUCAGACUUGGAGGGUCCUGAUGGAUUUGCUUUUGAAGCCACGAGUAUGGUUCAUCCUGGUGAAGCUGGCUAUAUAGUCAGUGAGAAUGUUCCGGACGAUACUUCUUCUGUAAAAGCCAAUGCAUCUGAAGUUAUCAGCACCAGUCAAUCCGCUCCUGAAAAUGCUGACGUCUCUCUGCAUGGAAUCAAAGGCAUUGAAGAAUUUGAGUCAAAUAUCUCUGAGACACCUAAGGAAGAAGAAUGUGAAACUGAGACUCGUACUCAGGCAGAGAAUUUGGGUAUUCAGCCUGAAGGCUUAAGUAUUGGCUCGGAGGUUCCUUCAUCAGACAAGCUUCUCUUGGAUGACGAAACUGAAUUUCAAGGCCAAACUGCUUCGGUUGCAGUCAAGGAACUUCCCAGCGCAGAGACGAUAGUGAUAUCUAAGACUGAUCCUGAAGAUAUUAAAAUGAAGGCUGAAGUGGGUAAAUCAUCUCUUGGUGGUUCUCAAGAAACUUUUGAAUCAGAAACCUUGAGAGCGUCCCUGCCUGCGGUAGAUUCUAUAGUUGCUGACUCAAAUGCUGAUGUGAGUCAUUCAGCUAACAAAACUGGUGUAGUUGAUCUCAUUGGUCAUGAGAGUGAACUUGUUCAAGCAAGUGUUGUAGAUGCGGAGAACAGCCCUAGCAAGCUGAGUUCUGAAUCCUCUUGUGCCACUGAAAACUAUGUUUCUCCGGUUUCUGUUGUAUCUUUGGGAGACAAAGCUAGCCAUCAGAAGAAGAGUUCAACAGAAACAUCUGAAGACUCUGUCCUCCAAACCGGUCAUGAAGCCUGUGAAAGUAAUGAUGAAGCUCGCAGAGAGAGUAGCAAAGGGGAGGUUGUGGAGGAAAGCAGUUUCAUAAACGUAACAAACACAAAGGAUGAUCCUAUAAGCCAUUCUGGAUCAACAGGCACUACACCUGAUGAUUCUGCUAAUCAGAAGUUGCUGGAAAGUGGAAGGACAGAGUUCAACAGAGUUGUUGGUGGCUUGGGGGUUAUUCAAGCAAAUGAGAUCGACGGUAAUGUUAAAGCACACGACCUUUAUGCUGAGGUCCCUGUGACAAUCGAAUCAAAUGACCAUCGAGAUUUUGGGAGACUGCAGAAUCUUUCAGAAGCACAUAUUAGAUCACUGGUUUCGAGUCCAUUAGUCACUAGAACUAAUACAUCUAAUGCGUUUGAAUCCAACCUGAGAUCGACUUCAGGACUAAGUGAUGGAGUUAACAAACCGGAAAACGCAUCUCAAUCAUCAUCACUUGCUGUUGCUCUGUCGAAGAACCAAGAGAUCACUAUGGAGAAGACAACAAGCUGGAGCUCAGCAAAGGAACAGCACGUCCCGCUGAAGAACCUUCUGAGUGAAGCAAGAUCACCAAGGCUACUUGCAGCAGCAGAGGCAAAGAAGGAUAAUGAGAGUAACAACAUACCGAGAGUGAGUUCGAUAUUGGGACAAGAGACUUCCCCUGAAGACGGUCGUUGGCCAGAGAGAAGAGAAGUGAGUGAGGAGUGGAAUUCUCCAGCAAAGUAUCCAGUGGACUUGAAGAAAGAGGAGAGGAAAGUGAAAGGAAGACCCUUUUGGGUUCCAUUUGUUUGCUGUUCAUCUGUUAAGUAA